AUUUAAUUUAUGAGAAAGCUUAAAUUCCAUGAGAAAAAGUUAUUAAAGAGAGUUGAUUUAUAUAAUUGGAAGAAAGAAAAAGAUCAUAGAGAAGCUGAAAUAAUCAAAAGAUAUAAUUUAUCUAAUAGAGAAGAUUACGAUAAAUAUAAUAGGAUGUGUGGUCACAUUACUUCCAUGAUUUCUAAAAUUAAAUUAUUGUCAUCUUAAGAUCCAUUUAGAGUAAAACUAACUGAGUAAUUAUUGGAGAAAUUGUAUAACAUGGGUAUUAUUACAACAAAAGAUAACAUAUUGAAUUGUGAGAAAUUAGCAGUAUCAGCUUUUUGUAGAAGAAGACUACCUAUUGUGUUAUGCAAACUUAAAUUUGCUUAGACACCCAAAGAAGCAUGUACUUAUAUUGAAUAAGGACAUAUCAGGAUUGGAACUAGAAUAAUUACAGAUCCUGCUACAUUAGUGACUAGAUCUUAAGAAGAUCAUAUCACAUGGUCUGACACAUCAAAAAUCAAAUAAACAAUAUAACAAUACAAUAAUGAAAGAGAUGAUUAUAUAGGUUGA